UCCCCUCCCCUCCCCUCUCUCCCUCCCACCCCAAGCCGCUUUCACAAACUCCUUUCUUAUCGUAGGUUUCUCCCCUCCCGCCGCCCGAGCGAGCCACACGGCUGCGGCCCCCCUCCCCUCCCUUCCCUCCUUCCCUCCCUCCCAUCCCCCCUCCCCGAGACCCACCGGACCCCGAACCCAGGGUGACGCUCCCCAGUCCCCCCACCCCCCGACCCCGGCAUCAUGCAUCGGACCACACGGAUCAAAAUCACGGAGCUGAACCCUCACCUCAUGUGUGCCCUCUGUGGGGGCUACUUCAUCGAUGCCACCACCAUCGUGGAGUGCUUGCAUUCCUUCUGCAAAACCUGCAUCGUGCGCUACCUGGAGACCAACAAGUACUGCCCCAUGUGUGACGUGCAGGUCCAUAAAACCCGCCCACUGCUGAGCAUCAGAUCUGACAAAACCCUCCAAGACAUUGUCUACAAAUUGGUCCCUGGGCUUUUUAAAGAUGAGAUGAAACGGCGACGGGAUUUCUAUGCAGCCUACCCCCUGACUGAGGUCCCCAACGGCUCCAACGAGGACCGCGGCGAGGUCCUAGAGCAGGAGAAGGGUGCUCUGAGCGAUGAUGAGAUUGUCAGCCUCUCCAUCGAGUUCUACGAAGGUGCCAGGGACCGGGAGGAGAAGAAAGGCCCCCUGGAGAAUGGGGAUGGGGACAAGGAGAAGCAGACAGGGGUGCGCUUCCUGCGGUGCCCGGCAGCCAUGACCGUCAUGCAUCUUGCCAAGUUUCUUCGCAACAAGAUGGAUGUGCCCAGCAAGUACAAGGUGGAGGUUCUGUACGAGGACGAGCCACUGAAGGAGUACUACACCCUCAUGGACAUCGCCUACAUCUACCCCUGGCGGCGGAACGGGCCUCUCCCCCUCAAGUACCGCGUCCAGCCAGCCUGCAAGCGGCUCACCUUGCCCGCAGUGCCCACCCCUUCUGAGGGCACCAACACUAGCGGGGCGUCCGAGUGUGAGUCUGUCAGCGACAAGGCUCCCAGCCCUGCCACCCUGCCGGCCACCUCCUCCUCCCUGCCCAGCCCAGCCACCCCUUCCCAUGGCUCUCCCAGCUCCCAUGGGCCACCUGCCACCCACCCUACCUCCCCCACUCCCCCUUCGACAGCCAGUGGGGCUGCCACAGCUGCCAAUGGUGGCACCUCGAACUGCCUGCAGACACCAUCCUCCACCAGCAGGGGGCGCAAGAUGACUGUCAACGGCGCACCCGUGACCCCCUUAAAUUGAGGAAAGGGACCCUGGCCCUCCUUUCCAGCCAUGCCUCUUUAUUCUCUCCACUUUUUCUGGGCCCUUUUUUUCCACCUCUUCUACUUUCCCCAGCUCCUCCCACCUUGGGGGUGGGGGCGUGGGUUUUAUAAAUAAAUCUAUAUAUAUGUACAUAGGAAAAACCAAAUAUACAUACUUAUUUUCUAUGGACCAACCAGAUUAAUUUAAAUGCCACAGGAAACAAACUUUAUGUGUGUGUGUAUGUGUGAGGGAUGGGGUGUUCAUUUUUAGGGGGUCUUGUGUAAUUUGCUCUGCUCUCUUUUGGGGGGCACCUGGAGGUAGACUGGAGGGGUCAUGUGAGGCCCAGUAAAUUUCUGCCCCCCCUCCAUGUUUCCCAAGGCAGAUGGGAUAUUAGGGGGCCCUAUCAGCCCCCAAAGCUUUAGGCACAAUUCUGACUGGCUGCGUGUAGGGGUGCACCCUGUUCUCUACCCAUGUUGGCUGCUGUCCUGCCCCUGACCAGGGCCCCCGUUGUUGAAUGUCCAGAGAAUUGCAAGACAGUGCCUUUGACCAGUGUGGCUUAUCCCCUGCUUCCGAGGGGCCAGGGCUGCAGAGAUGGCAUCUCCCUCGCCGCCCCUCUGGCAGUGGCAACUCCGUGCAAAGAAGAGAUGGUUCUGCCUCUUUUUUUCUCUCUACUGUGUGUGGCCCUUUCAUCAUUUAUCUUGUGGAAGAUUUCAGGCCACAGGAGGCCUCAGCCCCUGAAAUCCACUGUGGCUUUAGGAUUGUGAAGCGCUUCACCCGCUCCUGGCCCCUGCCCUCACCCAGGAAGCCUCACUAGCAGGACUUAGGGCUGGGGUGGAGGGGGUGGGAUGGGGUUAACCUCAGACAAGCACAGACCCCAGAUUUUGCCACAGACAAACAGCCCUCCAGGUCCCUCUCCACCCCCUGCUGAGGCCCCGGCAGGACAGAGCAAUGGCGGCAUCUAAAAGCACAAGAUGGCAGCUCUGACCCCAGCCCCACUCUGGAGAGGUCAGUGGACCACCUCCAUAGGGACCGGCCCCAACGGAUCCUUGCUCACCUCGUUUCCUCAAAUGUACAUAGAUCUGGAGGAGGUGAGGGGGCAAGACUGGAGAUUCUAUCACAACCCAGGUGUGUGGGUUGGGACACGCCCCCCCAACAGGUUUGUCUGUGUUUGCACCUUGUCGUAUGUCUGAGGUCCUGUGACUGUACCCUCCUCCUACCCUGGGACAUUUGUAUCUCUUGGCUUUGUAAUAAAUGCUGCAUACUCUC